ACCUACCCCGGGACGCUGUGGUGCGGCGCCGGGAGCAACGCGGACAGCUACGAGCAGCUGGGUGAGCACCGUGACACCGACCGCUGCUGCCGUGACCACGACCACUGCCAGCACGUCAUCCACCCCUUCACCUCCCGCUAUGGUUACCGCAACCUGCGCUGGCACACCAUCAGCCACUGCGACUGCGACCGCCGGUUGAAGGAGUGCCUGCAGCAGGUGAACGACACGGCGUCGCGCGUGGUGGGACAGGCGUUCUUCAACGUCAUCCAGGUGCCGUGCUUUGAGUUUGCCUACAAGGAGGAGUGCGUGCAGCCGUACCUCUACGUGUGGUGCAGGGCGUACAACACGGUGGCCGUGGCGGUGCCCAAGGAGCCGGUGCUGUAUGAGUUUGGUGGGGAGCUCAUCGACAGGGCAGCGUGGCCUGGGGGGGAACCCCUGGAUCCCCCAGCUGUGAAAGUGAGGAAAAGGAUGAAGGAGAAGAGGAAGAAGGGGAAAGGUUUGAAGAAGAGCCCUCCUGGAAUUGGGGUGCUGAGCCACGCUGCGUCCAUCACCCCCAUUUCCCCCAACUCAGGGGGACAGGGCAGCAGGAAGAGGAGGAGGAAGGAGAGGAACAGAAAGAAGAGGCUGAAAAGCAACACUGAGGCAGCGUGAGCCCCACGCCCACCCUGUGGGGACCCUCGUUGUGUUGAUUAAUAAAGUGGGUAAUGAGCA